CACCUGUUUCAGUUCUUUUGAAUCAAAAGACAGCGUGCCACGCACCGUGGGUACGCACGGUCAUUCCUCGAUCGGUCAGCACAGCACUCCACGCCACGACCCUCGCCAUGGCCAACGCCACUCCAACCUUCGCAGAACUCAAGAGCCUGUCUGCCGCGUGUAACAAGCUCUGGGAGCUUGACACCAACCGACUGGAGCCCAACGUGCAUUAUGAGCUGAAUCUACAGGAUGGAAAGACCGCCUACGCUCGGGGAGACGCGGCUCGCGAUCCGCUCUUUACCUUCGUGGACUCGUCCGUGUUUGAGCGACGCACGUAUAAGCUGCUCUUUGACCUGCUCGACAAUUACGAGCGCGAGACGGGUGUGACAGAGAGAGUGACGCCCAAGGAGCUGGCGGAGAAUAACGCCUUUCUGAACGCCGUGAUCGAGACGGCGCCCAUGCGCUAUGCGCACGCCUGGUUGGUGAAAAACAAGAAGUUUUCGGGGGAUAUACAGGAUUUCAAGAAAAAGUUGGAGUUCAUUUGGUUUGGACUGUAUCGCCGUGAAGUGCGCAAUGACUCUUCCGGUUUCGAGCACGUCUUCGUGGGCGAGGAGAAGAAUCAGGGCAAGAUCUGUGGUUGCCACAAUUGGCUCCAAGUAUACAAUGAAGAGCGCCAUGGCCGCAUUGACUACAGAGGCUACAUUCGCCCCAAGCAACGUGGGUGCAAGUUCAUGGAGCCCCACAACAAGGAGCAAGUCAUCACGUUCCAGUUCCAGUGGGAAGACGAGAUGAAGCCCGUAUCCACGAGCUUGAUCGGAGUGAGUCCGGAGUUCGAAUUGGCUUUGUACACUAUGUGCUUCCUCAAUGGCGAGGAGAACAACCACGUCCAGCUAGGCCCCUACCUGUGCAACAUUAAAUGCUUCACUUUCGGACGUGGCAAGGAGACGAAGAUCGGCACGGCAUUCCCGGAGGCACUACCUUUGACUGAGGCUCAGGCCGCGACCAAGAUCCAGGCGAUCUUACGUGGCAGUCAUACGCGUGUUCGAAACCCGCAUGGUCGUCGUCAGGCUCCGCCGCCUCCUCCUGGCGCUGCGUGGGGCCCGCCGCCCGGAGGUGUUGCAACCCCAGCUCCACAGCCAACUCGAUCGGCUGGAAACGCUUGGGCUCAACCCCUUACCCAAGCUGCCCCUCUGGUACCCACCGCCGCUGCUCCUGUAGGCCCAGCACCUACCGGUGCAUGGGCCAAGCCGCACAAGUGGUAACCUUGCAAAGCAUGGAAAUGGUAUUUGGAUCGAGAGUGACCCAA